AUGCCCAAAAGGGAGCUCUCGCCGAUCCUGCCGCACUUCGACAUGAUUGCACCGCCGCCGCCUGCUCGGCUUCAGCCGAACCCGGAAGACGAUGUCUUCGGCCCUUCACACGAACCCAAGUAUUCGCCCAUGUCGUUCCACUUACCCCGAAAGCCUUCGGCGUCGCCAUCAAUCACCACGGCAAGCGACACGCCGCCGAGAAUCCCCCCCAAGUCGAGGGCCCGGUCCCAUACGUCUAGCAGCACGGAAAUCAUGAAGGAGCGGAUUGCUUGCGCGAUGCUGGAAGUCGACAAACUUCAGCACGAAAUCGACUUGGUUAUGAAGCGUCAGAGCUGCUAUACCAACAGUCGACCUUCGACAUCUCAUUCGAUAGCACUGACGAUGCACGGCGGCUCCUUACCCACGGUCCCCGCCCUGCCGCCUGCAGCGCCAUCGUUCGCCGAGCGCCUAAACCCCGCGGUCGAGCGGCCUCACACAGCACCCCAGUCACCGGGCCACAUUCCCCACCGCGGUAUGAUUUUCGCCGCCGACGACACGGCUGCGUUCAUCACACCACCCCCGAGCCGUGGCAGGGAGACUCGACCCCUGCCCCCGCCCCUGCCUCUCGUUCUCCGUCCUCCGCUGCGGAAAAAGAAAUCAUUUUCGCGCGUCUCCAACUGGCUGUUCCCCAGUGGCGCAGCAGGACAGCACCAUCAGCGGAGCAUCAGCAGUGACUCCAUCACAAACUUUCCCCGCCCCGUCAAGGACCGCGAGGGCUUCUAUCAAUGCGUCAAGGCGCCGCAGGGGAGGCGCGCGAGCAUCGGGUCGAUGUCGACUGUGUCGACAAGCGAGUCGGAAGGUGGAUGCCAGACAGUUCCUACGGCCUGGUCGCCGAGCAGCACUCUAGCCACUAGAACGGAUGAGCUGCCGAUGGAGCGCCCCUCCACGUUUGGAAAGGAAAAUGGUGCCGGCGGUUCCCGGGGAACCAACUUUGCGGUGGCGUUUUAA